UUGAAAGGUCGUCUGCGGUGGCUAGCGUCAGUAAGCUAAGCUAACAGCUGGUAAAUUUCAGUGUUUGUUUUGGUUGAAGAUGUCAGACACAGAGGAAAACACAGAGAUGCCCAUCCCAUGUGUGGCUGUCACCAGCUGCGACUCGGAGUUUAAAGAAGAGGAGCUGAUAAAACAGAUCCUCAACACAAAGACAUUACCUGAGCCAGUCAAACAAGAGGACGCAGUCGCCUGGUAUCCUUGGACCAUCAACAACAAAUACUACACAGCCGACGUGAGGCUGUGUGCCGUGCCAAGUACUUUUCAAAUGUCGUCAGAGAUCGCCCAGUCCAUGCAGGCUUUCAUCGCUUAUUUUGACAGCACAGCAAAAGAUGGACUGGACAAACUACAACCUUGGAUACCAAUCGUGGAAGAUCUAGCCCCGGAGGUGCUUAUUCUGGUGUGCGACAGAGUCUGUGACAAAGGCAUCACCAGACAUCAGGCACAACAGUGGUGUUUGGGUCACGCUUUUGAGCUUGUUGAACUGAAUCCACAGGAGCUGCCAGAUGAAGAUGAUGACUUCCCAGAAUCCACAGGAGUGAAGAGAAUCGUGCAGGCUCUUAAUGCGAAUGUUUGGACCAGUGUGGAGAUGAAAGAUGGACACAAUCAGGGUUUUGGUCUGAUGAGCAGUUUGGUGGCUUCCAGACACAACAACCCACGGAACUGCCAAGAUCCACCACAGUCCUCCAGUUUGCCAGUAGAGGGCUCACCUCCUAAUGAAGAAGCCGUCCAUACAGAGGAGAAUCCAAACAGAGGCACACAGGAGGACACAGUGGUUGAUGCGAUGACAGAUUUGGACAUUCAGGAACUCGCCAAUCUCACAGCUGGAGAUGCAGAUGUGGAUAACUUCGAGCGACUGUUUACCAAAUUAAAGGAGAUGAAAGACAAAGCUUCUUCAUUACCUCAUGAGCAGAGAAAAGUGCAUGCAGAAAAGGUGGCUAAAGCCUUCUGGAUGGCCAUCGGCGGUGACGAGGAUGAGAUUGACGGGCUGUCAUCAGGGGAGGAAAGCUAAACGCAGAGAAACCGGUCGAUCUCCUCACUUGAUCCUCCCGUCUCUCCCGGGGUUUCCCGCAAGAUUCAGCCCCCUGUGAUGUCCAACUCCUGCAAAGGAAGCGGAGACGCUUAUGGAUGCAGCCGGAGCCUCCAUCUUAUCUAGGAACUUUUCAGCGGUAGAAUCGAACGGUGUAAAGCGAGGACCAAACGGGUGUGUUGAGUAGAAGAUAACGAGAGGCCCUCAGUCAACCCCCCCCCUCCUUCCUCUGUCCCCUCACGAAGCUCCCGCACAGAGCCAGCCUCUGCACAUGAUGGUGUUGUAGGUGAAAUAAAAGUUUGUGGGCUUUGAUUUCUGUAUUUGUCAUUAGGUACAGCGUAUACGUCUAUUUUUAACUUGCAUCACGUGCCUUAUCCGCGGAAAAGUUGUAAGAGAUUCAACGCACAUACGAACAAAUCAACCCGACAACUCGGACUUAGAUCUCCUGUCUUUAGCGAGUGCGGCUUAUUUAUUGUCAACACCGUCACACUCGUUGGGUGAAAACUGCUCAACACAUUCAGACAUUAACAUAUUACAUGUAUUAUGCAUUGGAAUAAA